ACCUCACGGUGAUGCGUGGGACUUGGCUUAAGGGAGACGGGAGACUGCGGUGACGGCGACGGUUCCAGACGGUUGCAAGUUCUCGCUCCGCUGGGAAUUAGUUGUGAUGGCUGCAUUCGUUCAAAAUCAUUUUCUCUUGGAUGACCCUUCGUAUAAAAAACUGCAGGAAUACUACAAUGCAAAAGGCAAGACCCUUAACAUGCCUGCUCUUUUCAAGGAGGACCCAGAACGUUUCAGGAGAUACAGUGUCCGGUUGAAGACUCCGGUUGAUGGGGUGCUCCUGGUGGAUUACUCCAAGAAUCUGAUCAACCACGAUGUAAUGACAAGAUUGUUUGACCUAGCCAGGUCUCGCAAAGUGGAGCCGGCUCGUGAUGCCAUGUUCCAAGGUGAAAAGAUCAACUUCACCGAAGGAAGAGCCGUGCUGCACAUUGCGCUGCGCAAUCGCAGCAAUAACCCGAUCAUGGUGGAAGGAAAGGAUGUGAUGCCCAGCGUCAACGCCGUGCUGAAGCAUAUGAGAGAGUUUUCAGACUCUGUGAGGAACGGUGUUUGGAAAGGCUAUACUGGCAAAUCAAUCACGGAUGUGGUCAACAUCGGCAUUGGAGGAUCUGAUCUUGUGAGUAUCUUAUUCCUCCGAAACCCUACCUAUUUACUGAUGCCACAUUUUUUUUGCCAGGGCCCCUUGAUGGUGACGGAGGCUUUGCAGCCCUUCCAGAAGGGUCCAAAUGUGCACUUUGUUUCCAACAUUGAUGGGACACACUUGGCCAAGACCCUGAAGAAGCUUAGUGCUGAGACGACACUCUUCAUCAUUGCUUCCAAGACUUUCACCACCCAAGAGACCAUCACCAAUGCUCAGUCUGCAAAGGAGUGGCUCAUGAAUCACACACCCAAUCCUUCUGAUGUGGCUAAGCACUUUGUUGCCCUUUCCACAAAUGCUCCUAAGGUGAAGGACUUCGGCAUUGAUGAAAACAACAUGUUCGAGUUUUGGGAUUGGGUUGGAGGAAGGUAUUCUCUCUGGUCUGCUAUUGGACUUUCCAUUGCUCUCUAUGUUGGAAUGGACAAUUUUGAGCAACUUUUAAGUGGAGCCCAUUUUAUGGACCAACACUUCCUAAGUGCUCCAUUGGAGUCUAAUAUCCCCGUGAUCCUUGCGCUGCUCGGUGUCUGGUACCAUAACUUCUACGGUGCAGAGAGCCAUGCCCUGCUCCCUUAUGAUCAGUAUCUGCACAGGUUUGCUGCCUACUUCCAGCAGGGUGACAUGGAGUCUAAUGGCAAAUAUGUUACCCGGAGUGGUCAACGCGUGGCCUAUACGACUGGUCCCAUUGUCUGGGGUGAGCCCGGCACCAAUGGGCAGCAUGCCUUCUACCAACUCAUCCACCAGGGUACUCGAUUGAUUCCUUGCGACUUCAUUGCCCCUGUGAAGACUCACAACCCAAUAAGUCAUGGGAUCCACCAUGAGAUUUUGCUGGCCAACUUCUUGGCACAAACUGAAGCACUCAUGAAAGGAAAAACCAAAGAGGAGGCAGAGGCUGAACUGAAGAAGGCUGGGAUGACUGGGGAGGUUCUUCAAAAGAUUCUGCCACACAAGGUGUUUGAAGGUAACAAGCCUACCAAUUCUUUGAUGGUGGACAAGAUGACACCAUACAGCCUUGGUAUGCUGAUUGCAAUGUAUGAGCACAAGAUCUUUACCCAGGGAAUCAUAUGGGACAUCAACUCAUAUGACCAGUGGGGAGUGGAACUGGGAAAGCAGCUGGCAAAGGUGAUUCAGCCUGAACUACGAGGCAAAAGUGAAGUUUCCACUCAUGACGGCUCGACGAAUGGGCUGAUCAAUUUCAUCAAGUCUUACAACUAGCUUUAUUCUGCUAAGGACAGUGUAGAAAUGGAGUGGAGAAUCUGGUAACUUAAAAGUAUUUCUUGUUAAGGUGUGUAACAUGUCUGUUCUAUGUUGUAAAUUGAGCUUACAAAUAAAAGGUAGAACAUCUGAA